AUGAAUGAACAUUCGGGUGACGAACAUCAAUCAACAAAACGCACACGACUUGAUAAUUUCAACUCAUCAAUGAGUAGCUUCCCGGGUUCUUCUUCUGGAUCAUUACUUGAGGCUUCAAAACAAGCUUCAAAAAAUUAUGUUCCUAUGGAAAUCGGAAAGGAUUUAAUUUUUCCUUCACAUAAGCAGAUCAUUGAUAAGCCAGUUGGUGAUUCAAGCAAUGAAACAAAAGUACCAAUUAAAAAGUUGGUGAUUAGGCCUUUAAAAGUUAAACCAAAAUUACCUGAUAAUUUUGAAGAGAUUACAUGGACUAAACUUCAAGCUGCUAUUCGUGCGAUUCAUAAUUAUCAGCCUGUUAAUGAUAGUUUUGAGGAACUCUAUAAAGCAUGUGAAAAUCUUUGUCUGCACAAAAUGGCCGAUAGACUUUAUUCAAGGCUUCAAGAGGAAUGUGAAUCACAUCUUUUAAAAGAAAAAGAAAAACUCGAUUGUAAUAACUCGGAUGAUGAAGCUUUCCUUCAAGUGGUUGAUCGAUGUUGGCAGGCUCAUUGUGAACAAAUGAGUUUGAUUAGAAAUAUAUUUUUAUAUCUUGAUCGUACUUAUGUACUUCAAACUCCAGGUGUUUCUUCAAUAUGGGAUAUGGGUAUAGAAUUAUUUAGAAAACAUAUAAUGUCAUCUAGCGACGUACGACAAAAGACUUUGAACGUGGAUAAAUCUGACAAUUUAAAUUCACACACAUAUUAUAUUAGGGAUGGCGAUGAGGAAGGACAUCGACUUGUUAGUGAGUACCCUGUUCCAAAGUAUCUUGGACAUGUUAAGUCACGAUUAUACAUGGAAUGGGAGCGAGUCAACAACUACUUGGACAAAAAAACCAGAAAUCCCUUGACGAAAGUUGUUUAUGAUGAAUUGAUCAAAAAACACGUAGAUACUAUUUUAGAGAAAGGCUUUGCUGAUAUGAUGGAAGACGAUAAUGAUAAUGAUGAUAGACAUCUAAAAGAGUUAAAGCUCUUAUACCAACUUCUAUCAAAAAAAACUGGUAUAGCUCUUGUUAACGAUCCAAGUCAAGAACCGGCUAUGGUUACUGAACUCUUAUAUCUUAAAGCUAAAAUGGAUGAAAUCGUUUCUGGAGCUUUUCAAGGCAAUAAUACUUUCAAUUACACAGUGAAAGAAAGCUUUGAAAUGUUUAUUAAUCAACGUCAAAAUAAGCCUGCAGAACUUAUAGCAAAAUACGUAGACCAGACAUUACGACUUGGAAACAAGAGUAUGGAUGAUACAGAUAUUGAAAGAACGUUGAAUGAAGUGUUGGUUUUGUUCAGAUAUAUACAAGGCAAAGAUAUAUUCGAAGCCUUCUAUAAACGUGAUCUUGCAAAACGUCUUUUACUAAACAAGAGCGCAUCAUCUGAUUAUGAGAAGAGCAUGUUAUCAAAAUUAAGAAAAGAAUGUGGUCCGGCAUUCACUAGUAAGCUAGAAGGCAUGUUCAAGGACAUUGAACUAUCUAAAGAUUUUAUGCAGUCUUUUGAAAAUUCCAAGUCUGGAGAGCAAAUAAAAGAAUAUAAAAUUGAUUUAUCUGUUAAUGUAUUGACACAAGGAUUCUGGCCCUCAUAUCCUCCAUCACCGCUUAACAUACCACAAAAUGUGGUACAAUGUCAGCAAAUUUUCAGAGAUUUUUAUCUUAGUAAACAUAAUGGAAGAAAUUUAAAAUGGCAAAAUUCUUUAGGACAUUGUUUGUUAGCAGCAGAAUUUCCGCAUGAAUUAGUUGUAAGCUUAUCCCAAGGGGUGGUCCUACUGCUAUUUAAUGAUUUACCACCAGGAGGAAGGCGGACUUAUGAUGAAAUUAAAGAAAUGUCCGGAAUGGAACUCAAAGAACUAAAUCGUACAUUACAAUCAUUGGCUUGUGGUAAAGUUCGAGUCCUUGUAAAAUAUCCGAAAGGACGUGAUAUUUUUAUUACAGAUGAAUUUUCUAUUAAUGAAGAGUUUGAGGCCAAAAUUUUCCGGAUUAAAAUAAAUGCUAUUCAACUAAAAGAAACGAAAGAGGAAAAUGCGAUGACCACGGAGAGUGUUUUCAUGGAUCGUCAACAUCAAAUAGACGCUGGAUUAGUUCGUAUAGCGAAGAUGCGUAAGACACUUUCUCAUAAUGAAUUAAUUACAGAGCUUUUGGAAAUACUAAAAUUUAAACCUCCGCGAAUUGAAUCAUUGAUAGAUCGUGAAUAUUUAGAGAGAGAUAAAAAUGAUUCUACAAAAUACAAAUAUUUAGCUUAA